ACUGACAACGGUUAUAAAUUAUCUGGAAUCGAAACACGAGGCUACAAGUCCAAUGAUGGUCACAACCCCUUCAACGAUCUCACAAGAAAGAAGGGAAUUCACAUCGCUUCUGAACGAGCUUCUGGAAGAUUCAACUACGUCUUUGGAAUUGACGACCACCUCGAUGCCGUCGAUCAACAGCACAACAAUGACAAGGAAAACGUCCAGCAACGUCAACGGCGAGCCGUCACACUACGCCUACUACCAUCCACUGCUGCCGCUGAACCGUCCGCUUCCACGGAUCUCGCCUACAGUGAUGAGGACGAGUAUGACGAGAUAGGUCCGGAUGAUGUUCCCGUUGACAGCCUACGAAAAGGAAAAGAAGACCAUGAGGAGGAAGAGAACUCCGAACAAUCAACUACUGCGAAAAGUCGAGUGUUUUCUGAGGACAGUUGGGAGUUCACGCCACCAAAUUUCCGAUACUCAUCAAUGAGGAAUGGUGGAGUUACACCGUUGAACAUCGACACCUCCACCUUGUUCGGCAUGGAUGAAGACGAUAGUGAGGAAGACGAUGUGAAGGACGCCAAGACAGAAGGUCCAUUGAAGAAAGGUUCAGGGAACUUGGAAGAAACUCCCAAGAAAGUGAGCACAAAGGUGGAAAAGAGCGGCCUGGGUAUUAGACCAACGAAAGGAAAAGUGGAGAAAACUGAAAAGAAGCAAAAUAUAUCAGUCAAUGCGAGGAAAGGAGCGAUCUCGAAAGUGAAAGUUGGCCUCAGUCGAGAAAAGUACGACUCCUCAACCACAAAGAGCGAAAUCUCGACCACCAAAAAGCCACCUACCACUAAAGCGCGGCCAACUGCGACUACUAGAAAAGAGUUCGUACCUGUGGGAGAUGGGAAAAUAAUCCAAGAGGCAGAAGACGUCGGCGAGAAGAAGUUGCCUUCACUCGCUCUACCCACUGAUCCAAACCGAGAACUACCACCUUCCUCUACUACCAAAUGGGUCUUACCACAUUCUUCAACUACUAACUGGCCCUUACCAUCUUCUUCAACUAUCCCAUCUAGUAGCGAAUGGACCUCCACAGACCCCGAUGUUCUCCUGGAGGAGGUGAGUCGUCCUUUCAAAGAAGCGGUACAGAGAGUCACGCCCAAUGGUAACAUUCAGUCUCAAGACGCUACUGCGAUUCCUGAUGUUCUCUCUGAGGAGACGCAGAAGCCUGUCGAUGACGUGCACUCGCGUGAGGUCAGUACGGCUCGAGAUGUCUCCCUGGAGGAGGUGCUUCGUCACUCAAAGGAGCCCACACAGACAACGGCUGAAGAUGAUAUUCAGCCUCACAAGAUUACUACGGACCCGGACGUCUCCUUGGAGGAAAUAAGACACCACUCGCAAUGA